ACCAGUGUCGCUUUGCUCAAAAGAUAGAAAAUGGAAUCCUGAGAACUCGCUAGCUUUCAUAUUGUGAAACCCCGUUUCAGAAGCCUCUAGUUGAAGAACCCGAAUUUACCAUAAGCGAUAUUCACAAAAGUUUCAAGCAACUGGAUCCUGGUCGAAAGCACUCUUCAACCUCUCUGCCGUCUGCAUUUAUGGAGGGGUCUGACAGUUCAGAGCAAAGUGGUAGCGACCAGUCAGAGAUGCAGCGCAGAAGACAGCUGGACCGUCUGGACAGGGAGGAGGCGUUCUACCAGUUUGUCAACAAUCUUAGUGAUGAGGACUACCGCCUAAUGAGAGACAACAAUCUUUUGGGCACUCCAGGUGAGAUUACAGCCGAUGAGUUGCUCAGUCGACUUCAGCAAAUCAAAGAUGGUCCAGAGCAACAGAAUAACAACUCUAAUGCUGACAAUGGAGAAGCCAUUGUGGAAGGCUCUGAGGAUUCUUCAGGUGGGGAUACUCUCCUGGACUGGCUGAACACCGUAAGGCGCACGGGCAACACAACUAGAACUGGUCACCGCGGCAACCAGUCAUGGCGGGCAGUGAGCCAGACCAAUCCAAAUAGUGGAGACUUUCGCUUCAGCCUGGAAAUCAAUGUGAACCGCAACUUGAAUGAGCAACAGGCCGUUGUUGAGGGGGGGCAGGAGACUGCAGAGGGACCAGCGGCAAUAGCAGAUGCUGGACAACAGGUGUCUAUGGAUACAGAGGAGGUGGUGGAAGAACCAGUUGUAGAAGAGGUGGCCGUUAUAGUGGAGCCUGAGCCUGAAUUAGAAGAAGUGGUUCCACGGGAGAUGCUAUCAGAACCUCCAAGUCCACCUGCAGUUUUGGCAGUUCAGCCACCAAUUUCUCCUGCUCCGCGUCGAGGUCAGAGAAGAGCCCGUAGUGGCAGUCCAGAACCACGCAGAACCAGGGCCCGCACGGCCAGGAGCCGCUCCCCUCUCACCCUGGAUAGGCUAGAUGGUCUUCAUCAUCCUCGGCAUGCUCCCCGCUUUAAUAGCCCCAUUUCUCUCUCUGUGCCCCCAGUGGAGGGCAGUUCCAGGACUCGACAACAUGUACUUUCUAGGCAGAGCACUGUUGAGAAUGAUGCACAGUCUUCUAGGACUGGAGAAGGAUCAGCCCCAGAGAUCCCCAGUGUCAGAUCUCAAGAGGGAGAAGCUACAGGUGGGGAGGGGGGUGCAGCUGGUCGCCGUCCCCCAACCAUCAUGCUUGAUCUCCAGGUGCGUCGUGUGCGUCCAGGCGAGUAUCGCCAGAGGGACAGCAUUGCCAAUCGCACCCGCUCACGCUCACAGAACUCAAACAAUACCUUCCUUUUCGAGAGUGAACGUGGCGGCUUUCGCAGGACCUUUUCGCGCUCGGAACGUGCAGGUGUGAGGACCUACGUCAGCACCAUCCGUAUCCCUAUCCGGAGGAUCUCUGAUACUGGUCUCGGGGAGGCGACCUCUAUGGCGCUCCAGUCGAUGAUUAGACAGAUCAUGACGGGGUUUGGUGAGCUCAGCUACCUCAUGGACUCAGACUCAGAAUCUUCAGACUCAACCCGUGGAGCCAACACACCUGCGGAUCUGUCCGAGGCCCUGAACAACCCAGAUGCUGCUGGGGCUACAGCUGCUGCUGUGGAUGAGCCACCUGUGGAUGCUGGAAGUAGAGCUGAGGCAAGGACAGUAGAAAGUGAAACAGAGGAAGGCCUGGCCUCAAGUCCAGCUGCAAGGGAGGGUACUGGUGGCAGGGCACGUCCUAGACCCCCUAUCAACCUGGAGGAGCCUAGCUCACUGCCCUUCCUAAGGCUUGCCCACUUCUUCCUCCUCAAUGAUGAUGAUGAGGACCAGCCCCAAGGGCUGACCAAAGAGCAGAUUGACAACCUCUCUAUGCGCAACUUUGGGGAGAGUGAUGCCUUGAAGACUUGCAGUGUCUGCAUUACAGAGUAUGCAGAGGGAAACAAGUUAAGGAAGCUGCCUUGCUCUCAUGAAUACCAUGUUCACUGCAUCGACCGCUGGCUGUCUGAAAACUCCACUUGCCCUAUUUGCCGUAGGGCUGUUCUGGUGUCUGCCAAUCGAGAAAGUGUGGUGUAGUGGCAGGAGAUGAAAGCUGUUUCCAUAGCUGGCUCUGUCAGUUAUAGCAGACAGCGGGCCUUUCUCUCAGUUUAUCAGUGGUAUCUAAUACCUCAAGUCUGUGAGAGAUGUACAGAUGGACAUCUAUCUCCAAUGUUUAUUUAUUGUUUUUCGAUUUUGUUUUGUUUUUCCUGAUGCCAGUUGCGAGUUUUAUCCAUAAUGUAGUUAUGGGUUUGAUUUGGGAUGUUCUUAACUAUGAUACGUUGGUAUCAGCUGAUAUUCGUUCUUAAUUAGUACUUUGCUGAUUGGCGUUUUGAACUUAAUUAGGAUGCUGUACACCAGUUUGUCCCUCUGACACCCAUUAUCUAAUGUUUUGCGUGAGUUCAAAUAUGCAUCUAAGGCAGCAUCAGUCCAGGAUAUUUUACUUGUUCACAUCACUUAAAAGUGUAACUAUUUUUUUCACCUGUAACUUCACCAUAACCUGACAUAUAUGUUAGGAGAAAAGGCUUGUUUAAAUAAAAGAAAAAUUAAAGACAUACUUUGUAUUGAUAAAUUCGUAUUGUAAUGUGAUGGCUGAUAUUUCAAAUUCAUUUUUAUAUUGGCUAAAAAACAAUCCAAGUUAAGCAUCCCUAGGUGUGGUAGCUGGUGAUGCCAAAACUACAAGACAGUGGUUCACCAUAUCCAACCAUGCUUAACUUUACUUAUUCUUCAUCUGCAAGAAAACUUGCAAGAAUAUUUUUGAGUGGCAUGGACUUUCAAAAAAUGUCAAAGCUUGCUGCAUUGUUUUAAAUUUAAAAUGUAGAUUGUUGUACAGACUUUAGGUGAAUGAUAGGUGCAACUAAGAUAACUUUUGGAAUGCUUAAGUUUAUUUUGGAAUCAUAUUGCAUCUUUGUUUUAAUGAUCACAAAAAAAUUGACAGGUAUUUAUACCUGGUAAUUGAGCUGUACCGAUACUGACAUCAGAUAUGGGGUUGAUACCAGGUAAAGGUUAAAGUUAAAGGUGUUGGUGUCUGGAAUGCUAGAAUCCAAUACCAAGAUGAACAAGUGACGGGUCAAAUUUUAGAGCAAAGUGACUUUUUAAAAAAAAAUACACAAUAGAAUGUUGGUUCUCUUGAAUGAGAGGAAUGAAAUCGAUACAUCUAAAAAUCAUACUGUCCUAUCAUACUCACACUACUGGUUUAAUUCUUUGUUGUUCAGUGUAUGUGAUGAAUUGGUUGUAUCAAUGAAAUGCACUCAAUUGAUAUGGUUGUUACACGGUAUUGGUGUAUCCCUACCUAAAAUGAAGUGCUGAAAGGCCUGUUUGUCAACUGAAUUCAAGAAAAAUUUAAUUCUGAUGUCUGAUGAAAGACUACUUGUACACCAGUCAUGACUUUCAUUACUCACCCAAAGGUUUGAGUGUCAGACGUUUACCUUAUCUGAAAUAAUUGUCUUUGUCCUUGUGUCUCGUCAAAUAAGACACCAGUAAAUAGCAGAGACGCUUACCCACUUUGACCUAAUGCCUCAUGUGUGAUGGCGUCAUAUCUGGAAUGUACGUGCAAUACAUAAAAAUACAAAAAGCAGAACGUAAAGAAAUACAAACCAUUAUAUAUAUGUGUAUAUUAUUCCUAAACUAUUGUAGACUGUUAAGAUUUCUCUUAAAUGAAGACUUGUUACCUUUUUAAGUGUGUUGAAGCUUUUUUUUAAAUUUUUAUUCAGAAUUUCUGUACAUGUCUGUAGCUUUAUGACUAGAAAGAAUUACUUUGACUGAAAGGAAUAGGAGGGCCACAGUUUCAAGCCACCCUGUCAACAUUCAUAAUUUGUAUUUGCCACUAUUACUACUGCCCUGUGUUUGCUAUAAAGGUUCGAGAGUUUUAAGACAAUCAUUAUUGGAAAUGAUAGUCUUAAAUGAAAUUUGUUUGCUCUUUUUAUGUUGACAGUUUAGUACACUCAAUUCAAACUAACGUCUUUUCUGGUUUAACAAGUUAUACAAUAAAAUCCAUUUUAGGUAUGGAUUGUAUUGCCAUGCAUUAUAUUGCCUCAGAGUUGUGCCCUGGAUUCGACUAACAGCCAAGUGUUCCCCAAGAGCACUCCGUCACCAUGCAGUAUACUUUCAUUUGUACAUGUAUGCCCUAGUUAGACUGUGUCCUUUUUUAUUUAUGUUAUAAAUGAUAAAACCGGUUUGGGCUGAUUAUUUGGAGUUCAUAUGUGAUGUUUGGGGGAGGGCAAACUAUAGAUUCACACAUCCUCUUUGAAAACGGAUUCUGAAGAUGUUGAAUUUUAGGAAAAGUGUUAAUUUUUUUCCUCCACUGUUUUCAGUAUUAAAGAUUACA